UGUCACAAGCUCGCGCUGAGGGUCGCCACGUCACUUACAGCAACAAAACACCCACUAAGAACGCAAUCCACUGUAACACGCUGACCCGGAAGUGAACUGUCAUUACGCAGACUGCUUCCGGUAGAUGUGGUGCAGGCGAAUGUUGGAUAAGAGCCACUGCUCGCUUUGAGGAAGAGCAGAGUCUGAAGUGGGAGAUUGGGGGGAAAAAAAGUAACGGCGAUGUGAGACAAAUCUUGUGAAGAUGUCGGACAAGCCAAUAAGUUGUUUUUUCUCUUCGAAACCAGAGAUCCAGCACCAGAUUAAUCUCCUGCUAAGAAUAUUUUAUUGAAUUUUACACAACUAGUUGAUCGAAAUGAGAGGCUCAUUUUCUCUCUGGUUUUUCCUAAGCCCUAUGCUCCUUGGCAUAGGUUUGGCCACUGCCAUCUCCAUUAAUGGAAGUGAUUCACAAGGACUAAAACCAAAUAAUGCUUCGUUCCAAACACCGCUGCAGAUCUCAGCAAAUUCCCCAGCUCACCGUGACCUAAUAGCCAAAGAGGGGAGCAGCACAGUUAUAGAAUGUAACAUUAAUGCCACCGAACAUGGAGAUAUUGUGUGGUUUAAUUCUAAAGGGCAUCCUCUCGGAGAGCUGGAAGGAGGAAAAUGGCUGAUCUCAUCAAAUGGUGCACUGAACAUUACAAGUGUAACUUUUGCAGAUCGUGGAAGAUAUACAUGUAUGUGUCCAAAUGGAAAUGGUACUUCAUUCUAUACAGUUACCCUCAGGGUCACAUAUACUUCUGGGGACAUGGGUAUCUACUACAUGAUUGUCUGCUUAGUCACAUUCACCAUUACCUUGAUUCUGAACAUCACAAGGCUUUGUAUGAUGAGCAGCCACCUACGCAAAACUGAGAAAGCAAUUAAUGAGUUCUUCCGUACAGAAGGGGCUGAGAAGCUACAGAAGGCCUUUGAGAUUGCCAAGCGCAUUCCAAUUAUAACCUCUGCAAAAACUCUAGAAUUGGCUAAAGUUACUCAAUUUAAAACCAUGGAGUUUGCUCGUUACAUAGAAGAGCUGGCAAGAAGCAUUCCGCUGCCUCCACUUAUCUUCAACUGUAGGGCGUUCAUGGAAGAGAUGUUUGAAGCUGUAAGGUUAGAUGAUCCAGAUCAUGUUGACAAGGACCACUGUGGUGGAAUCUACACUAUCGGCCCUGAAAUGCUCCGAAGUGGUUCUCCUGCAGGUGACUCCGAAGACAGUUCAAUCCAAGGGCAAGAGAUAGCAGUCAAUGUGUCUGUUCAUCCACAAUGUGAGACUCAGAGCAUUAACACAAACCACUCACAGGACAGCGGUCAAAUAGUAGUGUCUCCAGAAGAAGUUGUUUCCAUGCUUGAUUCAGAAAGAGAAGCAGAGCCAACCAUUUUGUAAUUUUCAAUCUCCUUUGUUGAAGUUUAGCUAAGUGUCUGUUACAAAUAUUGUAAAACCUAAAAUUUUCCAGGUGAUUAUUUUAGCCCUCCAGUAAGGGAAUUCUGCCAAAUCUUUCUAAUGAUGCCAUUGCCUCAAGUAUUCAGUUAAAUAGGAUUCAUCAAGACAUAACAUUGGGUAAAUAAGACAUGCUGUUAUUUCUAUUUUUUUUCUUGUUCUUCUCUUUAUAUGUAGAAUAUAUUUAACAUAUAUUUGACAAUGCCCUGAUGUGUUAGAUCAUGUAUUAAUGCACCUUUUCUUGCAUAUACAUGUUUAAAGUACCAUAAAACAGAUUGAGAUUUCUACAUGUAAAAUAGUGAAGAUACUCAUUGGUAACGCUUGUUGGAGCAGAAACCUAAAAUAAUAUCUGCAUCCUUUUUUAAAAUCAUUAUAUGCAAAGUUAGGGAAAAAUGCUUACUCCUAAAUUCUGCGAUUUGUGCCAUGAACCCCCAACUUCGCAUUUUCUCCAAGUUUUAUAUUUUGGGUUUCUCUAAUCAUGAUCCACUUACCUGUUGUGUAUGCACAUGCACAAUAGAAAGCUUCGGCUUGUGUGCCUUGAACAUUGCUGUCACACACAUUCAUAAAGCCCCUCUAUUGGCUGUCAUUGUAGCAUGCACUAAUCUCUUUAAAUGUAUAAAGCACUGCUGUAGCCGAUACCGAUGUCACUUGUGACGUCACCAGCACCCAACGACACGUGUGUCCACAGUUUCAGAACUGUUUUGUGCGCUCUCUAUAGAACACCCGAGGGGACUAUAAACAUUACAGCUCAGUGGAGGAAUUGAAGAUAUUAGUGCUUAAAUUCAUCUGUCACACUUGCCAGGUAUGCUAAGUAUGUAUUAAAGUUUUUAUUAGCAUACUUAUCUCAAGGUGUUUUAUGGUUCUUUAACCCCUGCAAAAGGGGUUAAAGUCAACUCCAUUUCAGCAGUGCACUACUGGGAACUAAAUCACAAGAGGCAUAGGUGUGUAUUCACCAAUCCACAUUUAGCUCCCAGUAGUGCGUUGUUGCUUGUGAACCUACAUAUGUAUGCUUUUAAACAAAAGAUACCAAGAGUGAAGUAAAUUUGAUAAAAUAAAUUAAAUUAAAAAGUCUGUUAAAAUUGCAUGCUGUAUCUAAACCAUUAAAGUUGAAUUUUAACAUCCAUGUCCCUUUAAUAGUAAGUAAAGGCAAUGCUUUUAAACGUACAGUUUAUACCAAUGACACACUUACUUUUUUGUAUAGCUUCUCCCUGGAAAUUCUCCUGCACCAUGUAGCAUUUAUAACUCCAUUAAUCAUUAAAAACAUUUUUCUUUGGCGCCUUACAAAGUAAAAUGGUCCCCAAAACUCAUCCCAUACAUGACGUGCACAUUUCUUUGUUCUAUUCUCAGUGCAUUUCUGUCCAACUCAUAAAUAGUAAAGACUAUUUGUUCAUAAUGUCAUGCACAAUGCAAACAUUUGGCCAUAGAUAGCAUUUUUUUCACCCAACACUAGUUCCCCUGGUCGAUAGAAGGAAGAGGACAUAUUGCUGAUACGGUUCGCGACACUGCUUAUGCCGGUAUGAUGCAUCAUAAAUCUGUUUCAUCAACUCCAACACUGCUUAGCACUAUAGCAGGCUCUGUAUUUCUGAUGUGUCGGCACUUGCAUGAUGUAUUGUGAUCUGACAGUGUUGCAGACACUGAGAAUGUGAAUGUAACAACUUUCCCUCAGUAGGGCAAAUAUUUGAAUACUGUAAUGUGUGUCUAUUGCUACCUGUCUGCACAAAAACCUAUCCGUUUGUGUUCUCCAAAAUUUUGCCAGAAAAGUGGGGGCAGUGUAAUAUUUUCUAAUAUAUAAUUUUCUGCUAUGCAAAGCACACGUGAAUUGCAUAAUUUAACAUACAUGUAUUUAAUGAUGAUCUGUGAAAUAAAAAUGAAACAUUUUUAAUAUUAGCUAAUUUUAGCUUAAUAUUGGCAAAACUAUCAGCUGGGUGGUACACCAGCUAAAAAUGUCCUGGGGAGAACACUGUUUCAAAAAUGAACUGGGAAAGGAUCCUUGUGUGGAAAAAUAUAACCUUUCUAAGAUGCAGAAAGUUGCAACUAGCAGAUACCGUGCGAUACUAUAAUAGUUCCUUGAUCUGCCGUUGUUAAACCCUAUAAGGUACAUACAUUGCGUGAUGCGUUGUGACUUCACUGGCAAUUCCGGGAACGAGUAUAAGGGGGGCGGGACUAAAGCUAUGGGCAGAAUGAGGAAAAGUUUGGGGCCAUUUUACUUGUAAGACCCAAAGAAAGAUGUUAAAAAUGGUUUUAAUGCUAAAUGGAGUUGUACUUUUUACACAGUGCAGAAGGAUCUCUGGGGGAGAACAAGCUAUACAACAAAGUAAAUUUGUCAUUGGUGUAGACUGUACCUUUUUAGUUAAUUGCCUACAUGAUUAAAAAGGUUUAAUUGUGGGGGCUAAUCGUUAAAAAAAGUAAGAUACUAAAUAUUAAUAAAUUGGCCAAAAUGGAUAUAUAUUUUAUUGUUAACGCACUGUACACCGGAGCCAGUAUCUUCUGUUUUUGUUAAAUAGUCCAAUAGUUUUGUAACUGUGUAAUCUAACCUAGUUUACAUUAGAUAAAAAAAUGGACUGCAACAAUGCACCAAAAGCCACAACUGUACUGUAAUUGUGCAUAACUCUUGUUUAUGACAGAAACAGAAAGUAAAUAUGUAAACAUUCCAAUCACAAAGGAAAUAGAGAUAAUCCUUUUUUUUUUAUAGGCGAUACAAAAUAUAACUAUUUGCAUUUAAUAUAUUAAUUAGAUAUUUGGUUAAUUGUAAGUGCAAACAAAUAUUUUAGCAUAUAGAUACUGAAUUAAUUGUUGCUUAUGAUUUUAUAUGUUAAAUAUUAUGUCCAUUGGAGCUUGAUGAUUGUGCAUGUGUAAUAGAAUGAGGAAGAACUACAGAUGCAUGCUUUCUGUAAAGCAGGAUGAAGAGCUGUGUACAGGCAUUGAAGCAGACUGUAGCCAGUGCAGGACUGAUGUAUUAUUAUUCUAGGGGCCAGAUUUAACAAUGUCCAGGCAGACAGGGAGGACAUCUUCGCCCUUGUCUGCUCGCUUCACAUCUAGUUGGCAGCAAUCACUAUAGCUGCUUGCUCGCGGUCGGAAAAGUCUGGGGGAAUUUAGAUACGCUACAUAACAGGUGAUGAAGAGGGUUAAGAAGCAGCAGUCUGAUGACCGCUGCUUCUUAAAGGGACAUUAUACUCUAGAUUUUUCUUUGCAUACAUGUUUUGUAGAUGGUUCAUUUAUAUAGCCCUUCUGUAGUUUUAGCUGAUUUUAUUUUUAUUACCAUUGUGCUGAUUUUCAGACUCCUAAGUAAGCCCCAAAGUAUCAGAUGUAGACUAAAGUGAACAGAUUCCUGCUUGCUCCUGUUUGUGUAAUGGGUCAUAUGCAGGGGAAGGUCUGCUUUUCCUGCUUUCUCAGCCCCUUUCACUGGGUGUCCCAGCCUAACCUUAUCAACAGUGCUAAACUGGGAGCUUCUAAGUAAGUUUUUAAAAGGUUUUAUACUGGAUGUUUAGAUCAGUAUCUGCAUAUUCUUCUGUAUUACAUGCAGUUAUAUGAAAAUUGGUGUAUAUUAUCCCUUUAACUCUCUGCCCGAGCGAGCCCGAGUAAAGUGCAGGUGUUCACCAGGGACCUGGGUCAGGUAGAUGAAUCACUUAUAUAUAACAUUUAUAAUUAUAUAUUGGCAUUGGAUGUAUUAAAUAUGUCUCUUCAUGUUGCAAAGUUAAUUUAAAUUACGAUGAAACCCACUUUUUGUUUAAAAUACCCAAUUUAGGGCUAGAUUUUAAGUGGAGCACUAAUUUACCGCGCACCUGCAAACUGGCAAAUUCGCCUGUUUGCGGGGCCGAUAAAUAACCAGCCAUUACAAGCCUCUGGUUAAUUUUCUAAAAGUGCCCCAAAUGCCACCAAAAUAUAGACCUAUUGAUACAUAAAUUAUAUAUGCAUAAAAGCAUAUACAUAUAUAUUUACAUUUGCUGUGCGACUUACCCCCUUUGCUGCGCUAGUUCUCAUGCCGUGUCUGACUGCAUGAGAACAAGGCUCCCAUUGGAGCCUAUGGAAGCGCACUCUCGUGAGCGCAAUGCUUCCAUACAAUGCGAACGCGAGGUUGUGUUCGCAUGGCACCUAACUCGUUAAUACCAGCGCACAUUUGUUUGCGCUGGUAUUACUAAGUUGAGCGAAAAAUGCGAAAGCGAUAUUUUGCGCUCAACUUGUAAUCUGACCCUUAGUAAAUUGUUUAAAAAGACAAUGUAUUUAGGCAAGCAGCUGAUACGUGUUCAUUGUAUGCAAAACUAUUGCAGUAUUGAAAUUACAGUGUAUGGGGCUUUUACAACUGGCAGCUAUUUCAAAUGAUGAAAAUAAAGGUAAAGGAGCUAUGUGUAAACAAUUUAAUAGUAGCAGUUAAAAUUAAUUACUGGGAACGCAUUAAAGGGGCAACAAUUUUGAAGAACAAUGUCCCUUUAAUAAUAUUUCCUUCAUUAAUUUUCUAUUCUCUUAAACUUUUGUAUGUAGGAAAACUACUGAGAAGCUCACUAGAUUCACUAAAUCUAUUGGAAUCUAUAAAAAUGAUUUGUGCCACUUGUAUGUAUAAAUCAGCUUGUUGAUCAUUGCAUGUAAAUGUUUUUUCACUGCAUUUCAUGUUAAGAAUAUUAAAAGCUGUGAGCUUCAUUAGCCAAA